UUUAGAUAAAAACUUAAAGGUGAAAAUGGUUCCAAGAAUAUUGCAUGAAUGGUUAACAUAUAUCGCUUCAAAAGUUUCUGAAAAACUUAGCUUCCGAAAAGCAGCAGAGGAACCAAACCUUCCUAUUGCUGCUGCUACUACUCUGAUAUCACCUCAAGGUCGAGUAGACUUUGUCUUUAUGGACAAUGAAGCACAAGAGAUAAGAAAUGUUUCGCCGACAUCACAAGAACUUCCAUCUUCUUCUACUACUUCUAUUUCACAUAGUAAUGAACGAUCUAAUUCUCUACGAUCUAUCGUUAUUCAGUAA